AUGCUCCCCACCCCCUCCACCUCCCACGUCCCCUACACCCUUGUCUACGAACCAGCAGAAGACUCCUUCCUCCUCCUCGACACCUUCUCCUCCCCCACCUCCCUCACCUUCCACACCUCCCACUUUCCCCCCUCAUCCCCCACCCCUCUAGUCCUCGAAAUCGGUCCCGGCUCCGGCGUGGUCCUGGCCUUCCUCACCGCCCACGCCAACCACAUCUUCUCCCGCCCCGACAUCCUAACCCUCGGCAUCGACAUCAACUCCUUCGCCUGCGCCUCCACCGCCAAAACCGUCUCCCUCGCCUCCCAAGACCACCCCACAACAUCAGGGGAAUUUCUCUCCGCCGUCCAAGGCGAUCUCACUUCUUGCUUGAGAGGGAGACAAGUCGACGUCCUGGUCUUCAACCCCCCUUAUGUUCCCACUGAAGAUUUACCAGCCCUGCCUGAGAGGCUGAGGGAAAAGAAGGAGGGCAAAGUGACGUUUGAGGAGGAGUCUAAACUCUUGGAGCUGUCUUAUGCAGGUGGGAAAGACGGGAUGGAGACGACGGAUAGGGUUAUCGACAGUUUGGGGGAUGUCCUCAGCAAGCGGGGGGUCGCCUACUUGCUGUUGUGUGCGGGGAAUAAGCCCGAGGCGGUGAAGCAAAGGAUUAGGGAGAUGGACAAUGCUGGGGAGGGGAGACGGUGGAAGGCGGAGACAGUAGGAACGAGUGGACGGCAGGCGGGGUGGGAGAAGUUGCAGAUUGUGAGGAUAUGGAGGGAGUGA